AUGUUCCUGCAAGUCCUCAUGCGUUUGGAAGAUCAGCAUUGCCAACGAUUCUUCUGGUUCGAUGACGACGGUAACAUUGUUGUCUACGUCUUACAGGUGAUGACGUUUGGAGCCUGUUGUUCUCCUAGCAGUGCCCAGUAUGUCAAAAACCUGAACGCCGAGCGCUUCAAGGCAGAAAAUCCAGCGGCAGUUGAAGUGAUUCAGAAACGCCACUACGUUGACGAUAUGCUGGUUAGUGUUGAAACCGAAGAUGAAGCUAUCCAACUUGCUCAACAAGUGAAGAAGGUGCAUUCGAAAGGCGGAUUCGAGAUCCGUAACUGGAUUAGCAACUCUAAGCGUGCCGUGGAGGCUCUACAAGAGGAACACACGGAAGAGAAGAACCUCGACCUGUCGCCAGAACUAGCAACUGAGAAAGUGCUCGGAAUGUGGUGGUGCACUGACUCGGAUACUUUUACGUACAAAGUAGGAUGGACUCGCUACGGACAAGCGCUUUUGGAAGGUAAACGACAUCCAACGAAGAGAGAGAUGUUACGCGUUCUCAUGUCCAUGUUCGAUCCACUCGGACUGAUCGCGCACUUCCUCAUGUACUUGAAGGUUCUGCUUCAGGACGUAUGGCGUUCCGGAAUCGACUGGGACGACGAAAUCGAUGAUGCUCUCUUCGACAAGUGGCAAACAUGGCUGCAAGUACUGCCACAAGUUGAACAAAUCAGCAUUCCUCGAUGCUACCGCACACGAACCACUCCAGAUUGUGAAGAUAUCCAGCUCCACACGUUUGUAGACGCUGGUGACAACGGGAUGGCUGCGGUCUGUUAUCUAUGCUUCGCUCAAGACGACGUAGUGGAAUGCCGAUUGGUGGCUGCUAAAACCAGAGUCGCUCCGUUGAAAUUUCUAUCCACUCCUAGAUUAGAACUUCAAGCAGCAUUGGUCGGCGCCAGGCUAGCUCGAUCCGUAUCGAAUGCCCUCUCAGUCCGAAUCUCCUGUUGCUACUACUGGUCGGACUCGCAAGAUGUACUGUGCUGGAUUAAUUCCGACCAUCGACGUUAUUCGCAAUUCGUCGCAUUCCGGGUUAGCGAGAUCCUGGACACCACGGAAAUGAGAGAGUGGAGAUACGUUCCAACAGAUCUGAACGUAGCUGAUGAUGGAACAAAAUGGAAAGGACUUCCUGAUUUGGCCCCGAAGGCGAGAUGGUUCAACGGCCCCGAGUUCCUACAGUACCUGGAAACAGAUUGGCCGCGUUCACCAACUAGAACGAAUUCCGUCAAUUUAGAACUUCGCCCUAGUGUAUUGACGCACUUCAUUGCCCCAGAGCCGAUAGUUAGCACGAGCAAAUUCUCCAGCUGGAAGCGAUUGGUUAAAGUGGUCGCUCUUGUUCAACGGUUUCCCGUCAACUGUAGGCUGAAGAAACUGCAGAAGCCAAUCGUGAGCGGACCAUUCUCCGACCGCGACAUAUCCUCCGCCGAGUCGUACCUAAUUCGUCAAGCCCAACAAGAAGCCUACCCGGACGAGAUAGCAGUUCUUCGGAAGCAGCAGCAGCAGCAGUGCUCGGACCAACCUUCGACUUCGAUUCCCAAGUCAAGUGUGCUGCACCAGAAAACACCCUGGAUGGAUCAGAAUGGGAUCCUGAGGAUGCGAGGACGUAUCGCCGCUUGUCAUUACGCGACCGAAGAUUCUAAGCAUCCUGUAAUACUUCCCCGUGACCACCCCACCACCAAGUUAAUCGUUGCACAAUACCACCAAAAAUACCACCAUCAGAAUCACGAGACCGUGAUCAAUGAGAUUCGCCAAAAGUACAGCAUACCUAAACUUCGCAUGACCUACACGAAAGUGCGAAGAGACUGCCAACGCUGUAAAAACGACCGAGUAAUUCCACGCCCGCCGAUCAUGGCUGACUUGCCGGCGGCACGACUUGCCGCUUUCGAACGCCCUUUCACCCAUACUGGCGUAGACUUCUUCGGGCCGUACGAGGUCAUCAUUGGCCGCCGAGUUGAGAAACGCUGGGGGAUGCUCGCUACCUGUCUCACGAUACGUGCGAUUCACAUCGAAGUCGUUCAUUCCCUCAACGCUGACUCGUGCGUCAUGGCGAUUCGGAACUUCGUGGCCCGACGAGGAAAACCACGAGUGAUCUAUAGCGACCGGGGCACCAAUUUCAUCGGAGCGAACCGGGAGAUGACGGAAGCGGAAAAGCUAGUGAGCCAAGAGGAGCUAAUGAAGGAGUUCAUCGAUGUCAACACGAGCUGGGAAUUCUUGCCUCCCUCUUCCCCGCACAUGGGUGGUAGCUGGGAACGCUUGAUCGGUUCCGUCAAAAAGAACCUGAUGGCGAUCCUACCAGCACGGAAGCUUUCGGACGAGGUCCUGCGGAACCUGCUCACCGAAAUAGAAGGCACGGUCAAUUCCCGACCGCUAACACACGUUCCAGUUGACGACGAUUCAGCUCCAGCCUUGACACCCAACCACUUCCUACUCGGGGCAUCCAAUGGAAUUAAGCCUCUCUGCACCCUCGAUGACAGCGGUGCCGUGCUGCGCCAAAAUUGGCGACUAUCUCAAGUCCAAACCAACCUGUUUUGGAAGCGCUGGGUAAGCGACUACUUGCCCGAGAUAACUCGCCGUACCAAGUGGUUCGUCCAUACGAAGCCGAUCGAGGUCGACGAUAUAGUGGUCAUAGCUGACCCGAAGAUGCCACGGAACUGCUGGCCGAAGGGCAGGAUCAUAUGUACCCAACCUGGACGAGACGGCCAACCCAGAUCAGCAACAGUUAGGACAUUGACCGGGAUCUACGAGCGUCCGGUAGCCAAGAUAGCCGUGCUAGACGUGCGGCGCGGAACGGAGUAA